CUUUAUUUUGAAAACCUGACGUCUUCUCGGAGCACAAAGUGAAAACGCAUCUGAUGCUGCGCCGUCCUCCUCACGCGUUACGAAGCCCACACGGACCCACAAGGACGGGACCACCUCUGGCACCUUCAGGGGCUUUUACCUGUAAUUUUUCCUGCUCGUUCGUUUCUAAUUUUAACGGAAAUAUCUUUUGUCCGCGGGAUACCGAUGGCCGCCACCGCCGCCGCCGUCCCCAGCAUCAGCACCACCGCCGGAGGGCCGUCGGGCCAGCCAGGACGGCCGGGAUUCAACCAGCACACCUAGCAGGUCGCUUCACUGCUGAGGAGGCACACGUCCGACCGAUUUGCCUUAACUGACCUUUGACCUUUCUCUGACAACCCAAACCGCGAGGUCACGACCCCCCCCAACAGGACUCUUCAUCAUCAUCAUCAUCAAGCCUCCAGCUCCAAACAGCCUCAUCAUGACGAAGCCGAGAGUCGGCGUCGCCUGAAAAACCCGGAACCAGAAUCUGAAAGAUGACAGAGAGCAGGAGGAGGAGGGAGCUGUGAGACGCUGAACGGGACGAACAUUAGGACACAAAGGAUGUGAAUUUGCCGCAGACGGUUACAUAACUGUCCUGUCUUCAUGUGCUGUUCAUUAAGCCGCACGUCCCUGCCACGACUCUCUGAAAAACUAACAAACUCAACAUUUCGAUCCAGCAUCAAAACCAAAAACAGCGACUUUCAGCGUCCUAAGAACCGACAAUGUAGAGGAAGACAGCAGAGACGAUUGUUGAUCAUCUGAUACUGUUGGACAACAGUCCAGCUUUCUUAAAUACCAUCAAAGACGACCACGAUUGUCUCUUACUGACGAAAUCUGGAAGCUGAAACAGUUUCAGUCACGAUAUGUUUUUGUAAAUACGGAAUUUAAAAUCAAAGACAGCAAAUAAGAUUGUGUUACAGAUAAAAGGGCAAAGACUCCAUUUACUAACCUCUUCAACGACCACAUUAACACCUGAGCCACAAAAGAUUGUACAACAAAACAAUCAACAUAGCUAAACUGUCUGGAAAUACGUCCAGAAGUUGGAAUAAAACACAUUUUGGACGUUGGAACCAAACCAGACUCCGCGAUGACGCACCUCCACGCAGGCCUGAGCUCCGAGACAAUGGACAAGGCUCGCUUAGAGCUGAAUGAAAACCCGGACACGCUGCACCAGGACAUCCAGCAGGUGCGGGACAUGAUCGUGACGCGGCCGGACAUCGGGUUCCUGCGGACGGACGACGACUUCAUCCUCCGUUUCCUGAGAGCCAGGAAGUUCGACCAGGUGGAGACGUUCAGGCUGCUGGCCCAGUACUUCCAGUUCAGACAGCAGAACCUCGACAUGUUCCAGAGCUUCAAGGUGGACGACCCGGGUAUUAAGCGGGCACUGAUGGAUGGUUUCCCGGGCGUGCUGGAGACUCCAGACCAACAUGGCCGAAAAAUCCUCAUCCUGUUCGCCUCCAACUGGGACCAGAGCAGGAACUCGUUCACAGACAUCCUGCGGGCGAUCCUGCUCUCUCUGGAGGUUUUGAUAGAGAACCCGGAGCUCCAGAUCAACGGUUUCAUCCUCAUCAUCGACUGGAGCAACUUCUCCUUCAAGCAGGCCUCCAAGCUCACCCCCAACAUCCUCAAACUGGCCAUCGAGGGCCUCCAGGACAGUUUUCCCGCUCGGUUUGGAGGAAUCCAUUUUGUGAAUCAGCCGUGGUACAUUCACGCCAUGUACACCAUCAUCAAACCUUUCCUCAAAGACAAGACCAGGAAAAGGAUCUUCCUCCACGGUAACAACCUGAACUCGCUCCACCAGCUCAUCCAGCCGGAGUGUUUGCCGUCUGAGUUCGGCGGCACUCUGCCUCCGUACGAUAUGGGCAUCUGGGCCCGAACGCUGCUGGGACCGGACUACAACGACGAGACCGAGUACACGCUGACCUACGACGCCCUGCACGUCAGGGAGAACUGCGGAGGAGGAGGAGGAGACAAGGAGAUGAUGAAGAGGUCUCAGUCGGCGGUGGAACCAGGAACUCUCCGACAAACGGAAAGAGAGACCAGCACACCACUACUGGCCCUGGACUGAACACACACACACACACACACACACACACACACACACACACACACACACUAGAGCUGUCACACACAUCCACACAUGUACAGACUUACAACACACUGCUUAAAGACAAGAACAAACCACAACAUCCGCUUUGACACAAACACACAUAUUCUGUCUAUAUAAACACACACACACUGCACCAGCUGUGUAUUAAGCUGGUGGAUUUGAACUCGUGUCCUGUUGACCUGAACUUCCUGAACAGGA